CAGCAUGGAGGAGUCCUGCUCAUAGGAGCUUCAUCACAGUAGUUUAUCCCCGUUUCCCCCCUGAUAUAAUUUAUUUAUUUAUAAGAGGUUAAUGUCCCGGCGGCCCUGAUGGAUCCGAACCUGUUAUAUUGGAGAACAGAGGGCCAGUCUUUUUUCAGCCGCGUGCGGACCUGGUUCAGUCUGCUGGACCCGGCCCUCCUGCUGGCCUCCGAUCCUGAAAUACAGAAGGCUCACUCUCUCCUUGCUGGGAGGCUGGAAGAACUGGGUCAAAAGGAUGAAGCUGCGGCGACCCUCUCACUUUCCUCGGUCCACGCCGACUCCGGCGCUCCUCUGCCUCUGGUUUUCCGUCCUCCAGCUGUGCUUCCAGUAUCAGGACCUCUGGUUGUCGCCAGCCUUCUGCCUCACAGCACCGUCAAACCCGCUCUCUUCUGGCAGUUCCUGCUGCAGAGCUACUACGCCGGGUUCAACUUCGCCCACAGAAAUCGCUCAUCAGAGCAGCAGGGCGCGGAGACCGGCCUGCGGCAGCUGCUGCUGGUGGCGGGAACCGUCUCCUACGCGGCGUGCGCCGGGGCCCUCCCUCAGAUCUUCGUUAACCGACUCAACAUCACCAGUCCUCCCGUCCAGGCCUUCCUCAGGUCGGCGCUGCCGGUCCCGCUCUCAGCCGCUCUGGCCUUCUUCAGCGUUUUCACCAUAAGGAGCGAGGAGUCCGAAACCGGCGUCCAGGUGUUCGAUCAGCAGGGAAACCUGGCCGGCGUCUCCAAGGCAGCAGGGAAACAGGCUGUGAGAGAGACGGCUCUGUCGCGGGCGGCGCUGUUCGGAGCGACGGCUGCGUUUCCCAACCUGCUGCUUCUGCUGCUGAAGAGGACCAGACUCUUCCAGAGGAACUCCCUGCUGGCGGCGCCGGUCCGCCACGUCAGCACGGCGCUGGUCCUGGGCCUCAUGCUCCCCGUCUCAUUCAGCCUCUUCCCACAGCUGGGGACGAUAAAGCGGGAAGAGUUGGAGGAGGAGCUGCAGGCCGGAGCAGCCGGAGGACACUUGUUCUACCACCGAGGACUCUGAGGAACA